AUUGGUUUACGACACUCCUAUAUGGCCAUUGGCUUUGUGGUGUUGUUUGUUGCCAUAAUGAAUGCGCCAAAUUUUCUCACCUAUAAAAUAAUCGAAAUGCGAUUAAACGAAACGUGUGAAAUCCAAGACGAGAGUGUUCGUUAUGCACCAGCUUAUAUCCCGGGUGUCUCAGAUAUGGCCGUUCAAGCUUAUUGCCUUGUAGGUUUUUCGUUUGGCUUUCUGGAUAUCUGGAACAGUAUUCAAAGUGAUUCCGUGCCUUUUGUUGACUUUGUUCGUUUGGUUGUUGAUGAGGAUUUUGAAUGA